AUGCACGCGGUAGAAGCUAUGUCGCUCCCCGUCCGCGAGUGCGGCGUUGGCCCCACAUCAGCGGAGAACGCUUCCCCCUGGCUUCCGCCAUCAGCUUCCGCCGUACGCAGCCUGCACGCAGAAGUCGUUCGGCGGAAGGCAUCCUCGUCGAACGACAUGGACAAGGAGUGGGGCGAUGACCCCGCGCUCGCUGACGGUGCAUGCGCGCACGGGGAAGCCGCAAGCACUGCUGGGGAAACCGACGGGUCCCGCGUCAGCCGCAGAAGCGCGUUUCUCCGCCUCUUGCGCGGGCGGACCGGAAGUACCCCCCUGGAACCAGGUAACGCCACGAGCGCCCCCCCUGCGCGCACAUCCGCCGACCUCUUCCGCUUCCGCCGCUCGCGGGGCGAAGGGCGGUCGACGGCAUCGCGGGAAAAAUCCCCUCCCAAGAUCGGCGGCGACGCCACCGCCACCAGUUCCGCAGCAGCAGAAGGAGGAGCGGAAGGAGGGCGGUCGACGACAUCGCGGGAAAAAAACCUUCCCAAGAUCGGCGGGGAUGCCACCAGUUCCGCAGCAGCAGGGGGCGCAACGGAAGGAGUGCGGGAAGGAGGAGGACGAGGAGGGGGCGGGGACGGGGGUGGAGGGGGAUUAGCUGGAGCAUAUGGAGCAGGGGGAGCGGGGGAGCGCGCCUUGCCCCUUGCCGCAACCCGCGGCUCCAAUGAGGUCACCCCGCCGCCUGGAUCUAAAGUAGCUUCUAAGGCGCCUCGAAAGUCUGGAACUGCGGUACCAACCUUGCCGUCUGAUGCGGGAAAGGGAUCCUCUUCGACUGACGGGCUCCCGGCGGCCGCAGAUGGACACGUGGAUGGCGGUGACGGUGAUGACGUGUCAAACUUUGCGGGGUUCCACGUGGCAGCUGGUACCUCGUCGUCGAGGAGUAAAGCGCCAACCCUGAAGGAGGAAUUCGCCUUGGAAGCCGCUUCGCCACGCGCCCCGGCCUUCCCCUCUCCUUCCGCCUUCCCCGCUUCCUCCGCCUCCCCCACUUCUUCCUCCUUCCCCGCCGCUCCGUCCCCGUCUUCCGCCUCGGCGCAUUCGCCCGCCCCCGUGCCUCGAAUCGCGCGUUCCGCCUCCGUCAACGCGCAGACCCGCCGUUAUCCCCCGCCCAUGAGCGGAUAUUCCGGCCACAUCCUUCCGCGUCAGCGGAAAGACACCGUUUCUAACACUGACACUAACCGUAACGUUAACGUGAACGUUAAUAUUGACGAUGACGACGAUGACGAAGACGGAGUGGUUAUGGCGCGGCCCGUGCUGCGGAGAGGCGCAAACCGCGGAGGUUCCGCGGAUCUUGCGCCGUCCGCAGAGCGGCAGCUGGCCGCAGCGGCGGCGGAUAUGCUCCGCGGAUUGGGCGGCGGGGCGCAACAGACCGGAGGAGUCGGAGGCGCGGGCAACUUACACCGCGCAGCUUCCCCACGUGGUAUCCCUCCUGGUGGAAAGGUUUCUCCUCGCAAGAGUCGAGACGGCUUACAACGAGGCAGCUUACAGCGAGGCGGUGUCCACAGCGGCAGCAGCAGCAACAGCAGCAGCGCGAACAGCAGCUAUAAGGAGAGACCUAAUUCUCAGAACGGCGGCGGCGGCAGCGGCGGUGGGGGAGGUCCCGAGGGUGCAUCCGCGAUAAGGAGGCUCUCGAUAGAGGUGCAAGAGAAGCUGAAGCAUCUGCAAGUGUCGUUUGAUGAUUCCGCGCCCGAAGCUGACUCGGAUAUCGCGAGCCCUUAUGACGAGGGAGCUGAUAGUUCUAAUAUCGAGGGUUCUUAUGGCGAAGGAGAAGGGCAGAAAGCGGGUCCAAUGGGGAACGCGCCGCUGCCCUCACCAUCACCCGCCUCCUCCGCCUCUCAAGAGCGUUCCCCCCAGUCCAACUCCUCAAUCUCCCCCCAUGCGCUCCACCCUCCCCUCUCCUCUUCCCCUCUCGGCGCACCCGCUUCUUCCCCUUUCCGCCGUCGUCGCGCCCGGUUUCCUUCUCCUUCCGCCUCGCCCCACGCCGGCAUGCCUUCCCCCUCCGCUUCCCCCCACGCACGUAUGCCUUCCCCCUCCGCCUCCCUUCACGCACCCCCCGCUUCCCCCCGCACCUUUGCCCCACCAGCCUCCCCCAACGCUCUUCCCCGGUCGUCCUCCCCCCACGCUCCCCCAUCCGCCUCCCCCCGCGCCCCAGUGUCUUCCCCUUCCGCUUCCCCCUCGCGCCAGCGCAAGCCAGUCCCCGCCAUAUUCUCCCGCCCCCCUCCCCUUAUCACUUCCCCAAUUCAGCCCACUGCCGCCUUCCCCCUGCUCGCCUCCUCCCCCGCCCAAUCCCCCACCUUCCCCUGCCCAAUUUCCUCCGCGUCAUUCCCCUCUGCCCCUUCCCCCACACGCCCCCUCGCAUCCCCCUCCAAGCCUCCGCGCUCCCCCACCCGUUCCCCCGCGCUCUCCCCCUCCUCCUCCCGCCGCUCCCCGCGCGCCUCUCCCAUCCCCCGGUCCCAGUCUUCUUUCCAGAACCCCUUUCCUUCCCCAAAGUCCUCUCACGCUCGACGCCAAUCUCUCGACCUCAGCCAAUUUCCCCCCUCCUCCCUGCCCCACCACCAGGGGUUUCCUUCAGGUACCAAUGGUAUGGGUACGGGGACAGGUUCGGGGGCAAGUAUGGGGACAGGUAUGGGGGCAGGUAUGGGUAUGGGUACUGGUAUGGUUAUGGGACAGGACCAGCACCACCAGAGGUCUGCCUCUGACUCAACUCCAGACAAUGACCCCACCGAUCUGUACCCUCCCUCACACCACCUCAUCCCUCCGUACCUGCCCAACUCUACCAUCCCAUUCGCCACCACCACCACCCCAGAAAACAACCCCCAAGCGAUUGGUCCCUUCAACGCUCCCUACCUCCCUUCCUCACCUUCCCACCCUCUCAUCGCUCCACCGGGACAGAUUGUGGCGGGAAUGGGAAUGGGUAUGGACCAGGAAGGGGUGUUUGUUCGGUCCCAGAGUGCGGAAUUCGAGGGGAGAGUGGCCGUGGCGACGACAGGAGGAAGGGCACAGGCGGGCAGCGGACGGCGUGUCACGCGGAGAAACUCGGUCGAUGCAGGGACGUUGGGAGGCCGAUCGAGCUCGGCAUUGGUCAAUGAGGAUGAGAUGAGACACGAGGUAGUCAGCGUACCGGCAUGGGAGGCUCGGUUAUUGAUGGCCCACCGGCAUGAGAUGGGAAGCACGAAGCUGAAGAAGCAGGUGUCGUUUAAUCUCGUGGUGCGAGUUAGGAGUUUCCCAUAA